AUGGUUGUGGCUUCGUCGUCUUCGUCAGAAUCAGACCCGGAAGAGAAUACCAAAUCAUCAAUGCAACGCUCCAAUUCGGUGGUUCGUAGGUAUUCGUUUUCGAACAUACAUGAUAAUGGACGACAGCGAUUAGUUGCCGCUAAGAAAAAGGAGUACGAAGCCAAGAUGGCGGCUUUCGACGAACUAAUCCAGAAGCGUCGUGGCAGUACGUUGUCGAGAAUGGCUUUAGCACCUGAUGUGACCAGUUAUUAA